AUGCCGAGCAACUACGAGUACGACGAUGCUGCUCCGGCGAACUACGACGAGGCUCAGCGGCAGGGAGGCCAGGACGCUGGCUACGACCCGAACUUUAGCUCUGAGGAGAAAUGUACUUCUAGGUAUGUUGAUGCUGUUCGUGAAUUCAACAAGAUUCUCCUCUACAUCUUCAAGACAAAGCAGUACCACCAAAAAUCACCGCAGUAUGAGCAAAUACUGAAGAAGAAUGAGCAGAUGUAUGCAUUACUUGCGGUUUGCCUCUUGCUCUGCCCUCAAACAAAGCUUGUUGAUGAGUCUGUCAACUCUCAAUUGCGAGAGAAGUAUGGUGAGAAGAUGUUGAGGAUGCAGAGGUACGAUGAUGAUGCAUUUGGCCUUUAUGAUGAGCUCUUCUCUUAUGCAUGCCCCAAGUUUAUCACCCCUUCGGCACCAAGUUUCGAGGAACCACUUGUCAAUUACAAUCAGGAUGCAUACAGGCUUCAGUUGAAGAUGUUUCUUUAUGAGGUAAAGCAGCAGCAGCUGUUGUCUGGAGUGCGGACAUUCCUUAAAGUCUACUCCUCCAUUUCUCUUGCUAAGCUCGCAAACUACAUGGAAGUUGAUGAACCCACUCUAAGGACCAUAUUGUUAACAUACAAGCACAAGACCCACUCAGUUGAUUCUGAUGGCAAGAUCAUCUCCAAUGCAGACAUUGAUUUCUACAUCAACAAUGACAUGAUCUACGUUGUGGAAUCCAAACCCGCAAAACGUUAUGGCGAUUUCUUCUUGAGGCAGAUUGCAAAGCUUGAAGGAGUGAUAAACGACAUGGACCGCGUCAAGCUGGAAUGA